UUGAGAUGGAGCUGAAGUCCGAAAACACUCACAAAGCCAAACACUGCUAUGUGAAUAGCCACACAAACACACGGGGGGUAAGAAGGCUUAGUCCCUCCAGAUAAUGAUAACUCAUGAAGGCUCGCCUGGUUUCUUGCUCGUAGCACUUAGAUGAUCCGAGUCUGUGGAGGGUGAACACUGAUGUUUGAGACCAUGUCAGCUGUGAUCAAUCAGCCUCUUCCCUUUGGACGACUUGAGCGAGAGAAGCACAUUCACAUGGUCUUCAGGGCUUUUCACAACCGCUGUGGACCCUCUUGUGAGUGCCAGACUCAAAGCACUCCACCCAAAUCCCACCAAAUGCCUCCUGACCUGGAAUCUGAAGAGCAGCUUUUGGGCCAGACUGCUGAGAAUGGCUUGAUUCAGCCACCGGUGAAGAAGACUGGUAGUGCAGUGAGAUCAUGCUUUAUGUCUGUGCUGGAAACUGCUAGUGAGAUUCAUAUCACUGCCAAGCCAGAGCUGCAAGGUCCUCAGUGUGUUUCUAGGAGGAUCUAUAACAUCACUACAGAAGGCAACAGGUCACAGUCAUUUGUGGCUGUGGAAGAGAGCUCCUGUGUGUGUCUGCAGUGCUGUGGUCCAGCUCGGGCCUACACCCUGAAAGGCUUUGACAGUGAGGGCAGUCAGGUCUUUUAUUUUGAAAGGCCCCUAAGGGUGGACGCCUGUUGCCUCGGCUGCUGCCUGAUGGAGAUGAGAGCGUACACACCUCAAAACCAUCUCAUUGGCACCGUACAUCAGCGGUGGAGCAUGUUUACGCCCCUCCUGGAGGUCUGCGCUUCAGGAGGGGCGUCUACCAUCAGAAUCCAGGGCUCCUGCUGUCCAUGCCGUUGCUUCUCCAACCAACAAUUCCAGAUUGUCUCCAACAUUGGUGAGGAAAUAGGCACGAUAUGGAAGAAAUGGCCUGGCUUCAACGAAGAACACAACAUGGACCAUGAAUACUUUGGGCUGGAGGUUCCACUCAGUAUGGAGUCACACACCAAACUCCUUCUCCUGGCAGCCACUUUCCUGUUGGUAAGCACGUGUGUCCAUCAGUGGGAAGAUGUUCUGUCAUACACAAUAUAAUUAUACCUUUCCCAAAGUUUCUACCUCAGACUUUGAAGACUUAGUUGCAAGUAUGUGUUAUGAAUAAAUUAGCUUACUAAUGAAUAAACAUUCAGCAACAGUUUUAUCUGUUCAUUCAUACUUACUUCAAACAGCAGCUAACAAUUUUAAUUUCAUUCUAUAAUUUUAGUGAAUAACUUAUAUAUUUGUAAUUUUAGGUAAUGAUUUCAACUGUUAAUCAUAUUAAUAUAAAAGUACAUUUAGCUAACAGUAUCAUUAGUCCAUCUGUACUGGUGGUUGCUUUGAAGACCAGGUCUGCAACCACUUGCAGUCAGCUGCUGUCUUCAAAAUGACUUUUGUGCAUUAAUACAUCAAUAAAACCACAAUAAGACAGAAUCUGCAUACUCUGUGACUGAAUGGAGGUCAAAUUGGCAAUAAGAUGCAAUAUGUCUAGAAGACAAGUUCCUUCCCACCCGGCAAUCUUGGCAAUCGUCUCAUGAUCACCGACACGCUCCAUCGCUUGGUAAGCAGCUGGUCAUUACAAAUACCGUUAAUUUUUUUUUUUUUAAAUGCUUUGAUAAAGGUUUUUGUUUUUUAAGUUGCAAGGAGGUUUCUCCUAUUUUCACUCUAGUUUGACUGAGCAAUUAAACAUAUUUUAAGUUCAUGCCCUCCUUAUUUGGUGUUUUUUUCUUUUUAAUUUUCCUAAAUGCUUUUGGUCCGGAUUGGAUCCUUUGGUAGGGCCAAUCUGGCCCCCAGGUUGUAUGUUUGACAUCCCUGCCUUGGGAUCAUUGUAUACUAGCUGGAAAUCAGCGGUUCAGUAUAAAAAUCAGGACACUAUAUUAAGAUGAUCCCAGAUGGGUGCACUGUAAUAUUAGAAUAUAAUAUUUGAUGUAUUGGCUCGUAAGGAGCCUUUCACGAUUUGGUUUAAUUGGAACUUGCAUUACAACUGGAGAUCAUAAUUUAUAUUGAUGUUACAUGCAAACAACCAACAUGUUUACAUGUAACAAAAGCAACAUUUUGAUGUGUGGGAUCUUCCUCGGGUAUCAAUCGCAAGCAUCAAAAAUCUGCUUAUGUAAAGAUUCUUUAAGGAGUAAAUUAUUACUUUGAGCCAAAAAGUGUUCAGACCGUUCUUCUCCCCCCCCGUUGCACACUUGCUUUCUUUCUCUAAAAAACAUAAAGAAGACAUUUUAAU